AAGAGGAAAGAAAUGUGAGAAGAGACACAUUGAACUGUUUACAGACCUUAAUAGUCCUGUCAGUGAGGAUCAGCUGGGAAUUAUCAUUGCUAACUUGAAGAAGACAGGAACUUCGCUUCAGUUUUUCUGGUGAUCUGCUGGAGUAUGGUCUCUUCAGAGGUGUACGAAGUAAUAUGAUUAUUGUAAGUAUUUCUGUCAGUUAUAUGUACUUUGAGUUCCACUGAUGAGCCAAGUUCCCUUAGUUAAAUAAUGUGCAAAUAAAUUAAGAUGAUGGCUUCUUCUCCACUUGAGCUUAUAGCUUAGAGCCAAAGUGUAAAAUGGGAGACAAAAGAAAAAUAUAAGCAGAGAAUUAGGAAGCAAUAAGCUAAAAAUAGCCUCAGAAACAGUGGUUUUGUCAGCCUAGAUCCUUUUAGGUAAGGACAUUACUGGGAAGAAAUAAUGAGGUAGUGUUGUAGAUAUUAAUAGCUUGAUUCUGGUCUCAGUAGAGGAGAAGGUUUAAAGAGGACGGUUGUAUUCACAAUGAUGGGCUUGGAAGAGUGAAGCAAUGUCUUCAGUGUUCAAACAGGAAUCCCUUGAUUGUCGUGCUGUAGAUAUAAGCACUAAUCUAAUGGAAGCUGUUGGCCUUCUAGAGGAGUUUAUUUAAAAGCCAUUUAUUUAAAAAUGUUGUGGCCGCUUAUAAUACUUUCACAGGAGAAAGUUAAAGCUCUGGUUUUACUUCUGACCAUGUGCUUUUACCUAGAUGCAGCAUUCUGUAAUGUAACAAUGUUGUGAACUUAAUAAUGAAUUCAUUUAAGCCAUUAGCCAACCCAUCUGGGAGAUAAAAGAGGGGUUAGGAAGGAAAAUGUCACUGAAAAUCAUGGUCUGAUCCUUCACAAAACAUCUUUGCUUUUGCUUAGGGGAGGCUGGAUGCAGAACUAUCGGGUUCUGUCUACACAGGAAAAACAGUUACCCUUCCAGUGUGACAUGCCCCUCCUGGCUUAUUUGAGCUGUUGCUGGCACUGGAGGCAGUAGAGGUGCAUCACCAUGAAUCUGAGUACCUCUGCCAGUCAGAGUACAUCUUUUGGAGCCCUGCUAUUCAGCUGCUGCUCCCUUGUCUGUGAAGCAGAAAAGAAAUGUUGCUGUUUCAGCAUUGGCUUCAGGUUUGCAUCCUGUCUCCCAGCCACAGGAGCAAAAGAUUAUUUGAUUUUUACUUGCACAAAUGUAAAACACUUGUUUAAAAAAAUUUCUUGCUAAACCUUUUGUUAUAACUUAUGCUUCUAUCUCUUAUGCCCUGAUCAUAGACUAGGUUGUAACUUGCAGCGGAGAGUUGGUUUUCCUCCCUGUUUCCAGGUGCCAAGCACAUGCUGAGCACUGUGUAGUGCUGGGUAUUACGUACGUACUUCUCAUCACAGUAGUCUCUGGGUAUUGUAUAGUGAAUGUAGCCUAACUUUACCUAUCAGAGGUUUGAAGCUUUUUGGUGUUGCCAUAUCAGCUUAAAAAUACAAUUUCUAUAUUUUGUCAGUGGAAUCUGCUUCCUAAAAAGGUAUCAAACACUUUGUUGAAGCUUGAUCUUUAAUUUUACUGUAUGUGACACUGUUGUGCAUAAUGUAAACUCUGCUUAUUGUCUGUUGCUUCAUGGAUAAGUUUAGUGAGGACUAAUGAGGUGGAAGUAUGGUAGAGACGUGUAGGCUGCUUUUUAGGAAACAUAAUACAACGCUAAAAUUAUUUCACUUUGUAGACAUGUGGUAAAAGGUAUCAUGUGGUUCAUUCAGAACUGGAUCAGAUGAAAAAUCUGCAGGUGUUUUCUGAGGCACCGAGUCUGCCAUUCCCAGUGAGUGUUGAUGAUGGAAGUGGAGAUACAAGUGCCAGUGUACAUGCUCAUAUGCACAGAAACUCUUCUCCAAUAAAGGGUUUAACUGAACAACAAAAGCAAGGUGUUGACGUGGUGAGGAAGCUCAUGUAUACUUUGGAUGAAGAAGGAGGGCUGGAAGAAAUUUAUACUUUCAGAGAGAGCCUGGAACGUCUUUCAAUGUUUAAGAAAAUGGAAAGGAAGCCUAUGCCUUGGCCCUGCCAGCUCACUAUUGGUCCUAGUUUGUCUAUAAGGAUUGUGGCCUACAAAUCAGUCACAGAAGAGAGGGUGAAAAAACUUUGGGCAAUUGUGGAUGCUAAAACCCUCAGAAAAGAGGAUGUGCAAAAAGAAACUGUUUACUGCUUGAAUGAUGAUGAUGAGACAGAGGUUCAGAAAGAUGAUACUAUUCAAGGUUUUCGGUAUGGGAGUGAUAUAGUUCCUUUUUCCAAGGAAGAUGAAGAGCAAAUGAAAUACAAAACAGAAGGAAAGUGUUUUUCUGUUUUGGGAUUCACUAGAUCCUCUCAGAUCCAGAGGCAUUACUACAUGGGCAACCAAGCUCUGAAGGUCUUUGCAGCAAAAGGUGAUGAGAAUGCAGCAGUUGCUUUUUCUGCACUUGUUCGUGCCCUGGAUGAGUUGAAAGUGGUGGCUGUAGUGCGCUAUGCUUAUGAUAGAAGAUGCUAUCCACAAAUUGGAGUAGCUUUUCCGUGUAUUAAGGAUGCAUAUGAGUGUCUCAUCUAUGUGCAGCUACCCUAUAUGGAAGACCUAAGACAAUAUGUAUUUUCAUCCUUGAAAAACAGUAAAAAAUGCCUUCCUACAGUGGAUCAGUUAUCUGCUGUUGACUCACUGAUUGAUUCGAUGAAUUUGGUUCAAGAAGAUGGAGAAACUUUUGAGGACCUAUUUAAGCCCAGCAAAAUUCCAAACCCUCAUUUUCAAAGAUUAUAUCAGUUUCCAGGAAGCAAGGGAAAUUACACCUGUGCUGAGGUGUCUACAACAGCAUCAGUGAUAUUCACAGGCACAUAUACUAGGCAAGUUAAAACUUGCCUCUCAACACUGUAUUGUGGACAUAGAUUCAGUCUUCGGCUUUUGGACAGAGAAAAAUUGGCUGAAAAUUUGGGAUAUCUUCAGCUUCUCAUUCUGUGUCCCAUCACUUUUCUGUGCAGUGUUGCAUCUAGCAGUGUUCCAAACCAGUGUUUGCAGCACAAGGCUUUUCACUCUGAUAAGCCACUGCCACCAAUAGAGCAGCACCUUUUAGAAAUGCUGGAUAUGCCUUGUGUGGUAAGAGAAAGGUGUCAGGCUCCUCUGGAAAGAGUAAAAGCACUUUUUCCCCUAAAGGAAGUUGGCAAGAAAAAAGAAGAGAAGACUGCACAAGACAUCUUCAAAGACAACGAAGAUGAACCCAGCCUUAAGAAACCAAAAAUUGAAGAUGAGGAAGAGAGCUUUAGCCUUAUGAAACUUGCUGAAGGCAAUAUCACCUCUGUAGGCAGUGUUAACCCAGCAGAAGAUUUCCGAAUUCUGGUGAGGAAGAAAAAUGCUGACUUCAAAGAUGUGAGUCAGCAGUUGAUAAACCGCAUUGAUCAGUUCCUGGAAAAUAAAGGUUCCCAGUACUACAUGAAAGGGAUUGACUGUAUCAGAGUUUUUAGAGAGGAGGCCAUGAAGCUGUCCAAGGUGCAGUGCUUUAAUGACUUUCUGCAGGCACUGAAAUCAAAGUUGGAAGAUAAAGCCUUAUCUGAUUUCUGGGAGAUUAUGGUACAAGAAAGAAUUUCUUUGAUCACUAAAGAUGAAGCAGAAGGAAGUUUGGUGACAGGUGAAGAGGCUGAGAAGUUCUUGGCUCCAAAAGAACAGAAAAAUGAAACUCUGCCUCCUGCAGAUGAAGGUGGUGAUGUUGAUGAUUUGCUGGACAUGAUGUGACCAGUGAUACAUGGUGACUAUAGAAGCAAAGUUUUGGAAGAGAUGUCUCUGGGAGAUGGGGCCCAAAAAAAGAUGCUAUGAGAAGACAGUACAUCCAUCUUUAUUUUCUCAAAUGAGAACAGAAAUCCCAGAAACAUUUCCAGCUGGUAUAAAUGGCAUCUGACUUUCAAAACUAGAACAGAAGAUUGAAAUUGUCUGAAGUAUUUGGGAAGUAAUGAUACCUUUAAGGCAUCUUUUUUUUUUUUUUUCCUUUAGAACUGAAUUUAGCUUAUCCUUUGUAUUGCUUUAAGCUGAACACUACUAAAUUUAAUGAGAAUCUGUUCUGAUGCCUGAAAUUCUUGUUAUAUUGCCUGGGAAGGAAGACAGAAAUGUAACAGCAAGGUUACCAGGUAAUACUGAAUAUUUAGUGGAGAUAACCCUAUAGGUUUAUUGUUACAGAAGGGGAAAAGUCUGUUAUUUUCAUGCUUUAAAAAAACCAACCAACCAACUCAAACAAAAAACAAGAUAGAGCAAAAAAAGUCCAACAAAGCAUCAUGAAAAUUACCACAGAGGCUUGUGGGAAAAAAUUCUAGGCCAGGGACUCACAAGUUAAUAGUUUGAAAUACAAACUAUUAAUACAACAGAUUCUAAAGCACGUAGCAGAGCCAGGUGUGCUGAUUUUGCCACACUGACCCCAGAUCUGUAAUUAUGGUCAUCUCUGUACUACAGGUUCUCUAUCUGUCAGCUCAGCAGCAGCCCAAGGUUUCUGUCCCUUUCUGUUACACAUUUUCCUGUUUCAUGUGCUGGGAUUUUUGAUUUUUUUUAGACUUCUAACUAGUACAGUUACUGUAGAUGCUCCUGGUGCUAAAGCAGAAUGAAUCAGUUCUGUGUCCAUUCCAUACACUGCUGAGAGCUGCUAACCCAGAGCAGAAUGCCUCAAAGCUGUGCACUGACAGCUGUGAUAGGUAAGUGAUAAUAGUUAACACUGGUAACCAGGAUGGAGUAAUCUCUACACAGAGCAAUCCAAACUGGUCAAACACUGCUUAGAAAGAGACAUUCAAGUCUGAUUACAGAGCAGAAGAGACAGUAAGGACACCUUCACACAUGCUUGUCUGUUAGAACCAGAUUCAUUCCUUUAAAAGCUGUUGUUUCAUUAUUAUACAUGUAUAAAUAUACUCUGUGAAAUGGUAUUAAGAUCACAAAAAAAGGAAAAAUCAUGAUCUGUAGUUGCAAAAUGUUGUGGAAUGUUUGCACUUUUUACUGGCCAACAGCUCCUGUGUGGGAAAUAGCAAUUGCUUUUUGUCCCUACUUCCUUACCCAGCAACCUACUCUCCUGUCUUGCAUCCUCUCCUGACUGAGUUGAAAGCAUUUCUCAAAUGCAGGUGGCAGGGAGCAUCUGCAAAUGCAGACCUUUAUAGCUUUUGUAUCACCAGAAGAUAUUUUUCUCAACUGUAAAUAAGGAUUAUUUGAUCAGUGUUUCAAAGGCCAAUAUAUGGGGUAUACUGGCUGGGGGUUUCUUUUACACUUUAUUUUUUUUGUUUAAUAAAAACAUUUUAAAGGUC